AUGCAGACCUUUGGCUCAUUCCUCGUGUCCCUCGUGGUGGCAAGCAGCGUUGCUUCUGCUCUCCCUGCCACGACGGCCACCCACGAUGGAAACUUCUCCGUCACGGCCAAGCACAACAGCAAGUUUAAGCACAAUGGUCCUCUUGCCCUGGCCAAGGCGUACCAGAAAUUCGGCAAGCCUGUCCCCCACGAUGUAGCCAACGCUGUUCACCGCCAGAACAGCAAGAGAACUACCGGCUCAGACACCAAUGUUCCGCAGCAGUAUGACAGCGAGUACUUGGCCGCCGUGCAAAUCGGUACUCCUGCGCAAACGCUCAAUCUGGACUUUGAUACCGGUUCCAGCGACCUCUGGGUGUUCAGCUCCCAGACGCCCAAGAGUGAAGUCCACGGCCAGACAUUGUACAACCCUAGCAAGAGCUCUACGUCCAAGGCUCUCAGCGGUUAUACGUGGAGCAUCACAUAUGGUGACCAGAGCAGCUCCAGCGGCAAUGUCUAUACUGAUAAGGUUACUGUCGGCGGUUUGACUGUCAAUUCGCAGGCUGUCGAGGCGGCGAAGCAAGUGUCUGACCAGUUCUCCCAAGAUGCUGCCUCGUCCGGUUUGCUCGGACUGGCAUUCAGCUCCAUCAACACCGUCCGACCUCGACAACAAAAGACCUUUUUCGAUAAUGCCAAGUCAUCUUUGACGUCUCCUCUCUUCACUGCUGACUUGAAGCACGGAGCCAAUGGCAAAUACAACUUUGGCUACAUUGACAAUGCCGCCCACACCGGCUCAAUCGCCUACACCGCCGUAGACAGCAGCGAGGGUUUCUGGAGCUUCACGUCGACGGGCUACGCAGUCGGCAGCGGCACCCUCAAGAGGACUUCUACCUCUGGUAUCGCCGAUACUGGCACCACCUUGCUCCUCCUUCCUGAUAGCAUUGUCAACGCUUACUACUCCAAGGUCAGCGGUGCUAGCUACGAUAAUUCGCAGGGUGGAUAUACCUUUAGCUGCGACACCACGCUGCCAACCUUUUCGUUUGGUGUGUCGAGCUCUACUAUUACCAUCCCGGGAGAGUAUCUUAACUUUGCUCCUACGGAUGAUUCUGGCGAGACUUGCUUUGGUGGUCUGCAGAGCAGUUCGGGAAUUGGCAUCAACAUCUUUGGUGAUGUUGCGCUGAAGGCUGCGUUUGUGGUCUUUGAUGGAGGAAACAACCGUCUUGGAUGGGCGCCCAAGUCUUUGUAA